AUGGUGGUCGGAGCGAUGCCCCACUUGGAAGCCAGCUUCCUUCGCCGUUGCUGGUGGCCAGAGCGGAACUGCGGUGAAUCAUCCGCCUGCUCAGACAUGCGUAGUCUAUGGGAGAAUGCCGAGAAGGUCGACCAUUUGCCACCUCCCGCUGAGUGCGACAAUCCCAAAUACCUGGUCACUGGCAGCAGAAGGCGGUUUGGCAUUCUGGGAAAACGGGGUCGCUUGGACACCUUGACCUUCCCCAACGAGGAGUGGCACAAAUGCUGCAUGAUCAACGACGGCAAAAAGAUGCUCUGCGAGGAUGUUACGAUGAUGCCUUUCUCUGAGCUCAAAAACCAGCACCAUGGAAUGUGUGGGACUCAUGCCUGCAUGGGCCCUGACGAGCGCUGUCUGCAUGUAGAUCAUCAAGAUGCAGAACUCACGAAGCCCAAGAAAGGGCAAUGUCCCGGGUCAUGCCACGAUGACUGCAUUCAAUCAUCUGAGCGGCUGGAGUGCAUCCACUUAGGCGAACUCACUCAAGAUGCUGGCACGGAGGGGCACAACGCCCAAUUUGUGCUGGGCGACUACAACCAGCCUGAGAAAUACGAAGUCUACUCCUUGGCCAUGCCAUCGGUUUGGCUCCCCAGCGAAUGGGUUGAUUCUGCUCGGCAUCGAAGGACGCAGCGCCACCUCUCCUGGGAGCAGUUCCUGGCGAGCUGA